AUUUUUUUUUGGCUGAUAUGAAUCCAAACCGUAUCACUACAUUAUUACACUGUGUCCGUCUCACAUCUUUAAUUACAGCUAUAGUUAUCGUAAUUGGAUCCCUUUGUCUAUACAGCUCAAAUGCUCUUCCCUUGAAUAUUACAGAUGAUGGGAAAGAAGAUAUCAAAACAUGGAUUCUCCAAUCAAUUACAGAUCGUCGUUUAAUAUCCACUCUGGUUGCAGCUCAAGCAUCUAUUUUCUGUCCAUUGUUCGUACUACUCAACCCAUCCUCAUUGUCAUCCAAACCUACCGCACAAAUAACCGAGCCUACUUCAGCAACCACCUCUUUGGUUGAAAUGGUUUGUCAAUUAUUGAUGCCACUUGGGUUGGCACUAAGCUGGAUGUUUUCAAUUUUAUUUGAUUUGAAAACAACUGAUUUGAUUGGACAAGGUGAUGUAUGUUUAUUAGAGGACGUCGGUUGUGUUUUAUUUGGUUUUGUUUAUGGUUUAAAAUAUGCCAUUGUCAUUUUAUUCGCCAUAGAAACAUCGCUAGUUAUCUUAUUCUUUAUCGUCACAAGAUUCCAUUCUCGUCAAAUUCAAUUACCAACAGACGAACCAAAGAACUAA